AUGCCAGAAGCCACAGCCUCCGGUACCGACGCGGGCGGCACCGCUCGCCACCGCGAACAUAAUCAGGGCAAUCAAGGCCGCACCUACACCGUUGACCAAAAGGCUGCCGUUCUUCGGAUCCGGAAAUGCAAGGCCACCGCCUUUUACGACAUCCUGGGCCUUGAGAGCGUCCGAUCCACGUGCAGCGACUCGGACAUCAAGAAGGCCUACAGGAAACAGUCGCUGUUGACGCACCCCGACAAGAAUGGCCACGAGCACGCCGAUGAGGCCUUCAAGAUGGUCAGCCGCGCGUUUGGCAUCUUGGGCGACAAGGAGAAGAGGGAGAAGUACGAUAAGUACGGCACUGAUCCGGACAGUCGGUUUGAGAGCGCUCGCGCACAGAACCCGUUCUCGGGCUUUGGAUCGCGGCAGGCUGCAGCGGCAGGAGGCGGUGGCUGGGACGAUGAAAUGAGCCCAGAGGAAAUGUUUGCGCGCUUCUUUGGCGGAGGAGGCGGUCCAUUUGGUGGUGGUGGCGGCCCGUUUGGUGGCGGCUUUGGAGCGUUUGAUACAGGCCCUCAGUUCGUCUUCAACUUUGGCGGCGGCCCAGGCAUUCGAGUACACCAGUUCGGCGGCGGUGUGCCCCGAGCAAGACCGCGAGAAGCUCAGGGCCGACAACCUGAACGAGAACCAUUUGGUCUUCAGACUCUGCUUGGCCUACUACCCAUUCUCUUGUUCUUCAUCCUACCACUCAUCUCAUCCAUCUUCUCCGGCGGCUCCUCAUCUACACCCGCCAUCCCACCCAUGGUCUAUGACAAACCACAGGACCCUUACACUGUGGGCCGGACAACACCAAAUCUCAAAAUCAAAUACUUUGUCGCACACUCUGAUGUAGCCUCGUAUAGCGGGUCAAAGUUGAAUCAGCUCGAUCGUACAGUCGAAAUCAAUCGUGUGCGAGACCUACGGAAUAAGUGCGAGAGCGAGGCUUUGUACAAGAGGCAACUCAGAGAGAACGCUAUGGGAUGGUUCUACCAGGAUCCGGAGAAGAUGGCCGUUGCUGAUGCGUAUAAGAUGCCAUCAUGCGAGAGGCUAGAGAAGAUGGGCGUGAGUCGAUAA